CGGGAGAGGCUCCGCGCUCCCGCUGCGGGCACACGGCGGAGCCGCUCCGCGCUCCCGCUGCCGCCGGUUGGGCCAUGCCGGGCGGGCACCGGGGGGCUCGGCGGCCCCGAGCUCCGCCGCCGCCGCGGGGACCGGGCUGUCCGCGGGCCGCAGGGGCAUGAGGAGCCGAGCGCGGAAGGCGGCGGCGGGCGGCGGCGCCGGGCCCUUCCCCUGCGAGCCGCCGUCCGUAGGAUGAAGCAGCAUGAGGAUGUGUGACAGAGGCGUCCAGAUGCUCAUCACCACGGUGGGAGCCUUCGCAGCCUUCAGCCUGAUGACCAUCGCCGUGGGCACCGACUACUGGCUCUACUCGCGCGGCGUGUGCAGGACUAAGUCCCUGAGCGACAACGACACGAGCCGCAAGAACGAGGAGGUGAUGACCCACUCGGGGCUCUGGAGGACGUGCUGCCUGGAAGGAACCUUCCGAGGAGUCUGCAAGAAAAUCGACCACUUCCCCGAGGAUGCGGAUUACGAGCAGGACACGGCCGAGUACCUCCUCCGUGCAGUGAGAGCAUCCAGCAUCUUCCCCAUCCUCAGUGUGGGUCUGCUCUUCUUUGGGGGCCUGUGCGUGGCUGCCAGCGAGUUCUACAAGAGCAAACACAACGUCAUCCUCAGCGCCGGCAUCUUCUUUGUCUCUGCAGGUCUCAGCAACAUCAUCGGGAUCAUAGUCUACAUCUCGGCCAACGCGGGCGACCCGGGGCAGAGCGACUCCAAGAAGAGCUACUCCUACGGCUGGUCCUUCUACUUCGGGGCUCUGUCCUUCAUCAUCGCCGAGGUGGUGGGGGUGGUGGCCGUGCACAUGUACAUCGAGAAGCACCGCCAGAUCCGCGCCAGGUCCCACUCGGAGCUGCUCAAGAAGACAGCCUUCACCCGCCUGCCGCCCUACCGCUACCGCUUCCGCCGGCGGUCCAGCUCCCGCUCCACCGAGCCCCGCUCCCGGGACUUGUCGCCCAUCAGCAAGGGCUUCAGCACCAUCCCCUCCACCGACAUCUCCAUGUUCACCCUCUCCAGGGAUCCCUCCAAGGUCACCAUGGGGACGCUGCUCAACUCGGAGCGGGACCACGGGUUUUUACAGGUCCACAACUCCAUCCCCAAAGAGUUCAAGGAGGCUUUGCACAACAACCCAGCCAACAGACGAACCACGCCGGUCUGAGCGGGCACAGCCGGGCUGGCAGGCUGCAUGGCACCACCCUCCUGACGCUGUGACCCGUGCGAUCCUGUUUUUAAGGACAAACCCAGACGGCUCCCUUUGCCCCUGCCUACGGGGCUCUUUUUUCACUCCCAAAAAUGCCACCAGCCCGGCCAGGCUGUUGUGCCCACGUUGGGACCGGGACCCCCGUGCCAGGGGCUGCGCUGUGACCCUGGCUGUGGUGCCCUACAGACUGAGCGGGGCUUCCAACACCACCCGGGAGAGUGGCUCCCCGAGGUCUCCAUCCGUCGUGUUGCUCAUAACCGCGGUGUUCCCUUAGCUGUGUGUCCAUGGAAUUGCUGGCCAUGGCCCUGGCCGUGAGAACCCCCACCCUGGGAGGCACAGUUGGGUGAAACCACCUGGAAAUGGGGAGCUUGGAGCCCUUGUGGCACCAGCCCCUUCCCCGUCGGGCUGCUGGAGGGGCCGGGGCUGGCUUUCUCUUUGGCGUUUCGUGCAUGCAUUAAAUAGCUUGGAACUCAA